UACAGUCUUGUUUAGGGAAGGAAUAUGACAAGUGUAGUCUCAUAUGAUUUUGUUACAUAUUCAGGGUAAUGUGAAAGUUUUUUGUUUCUAAAAUCGGUUCCUAGAAAUGGCCUUACUAUUCCCAUUAACAACGAUAACAUAACAAACAAAACAAACCGAUAUCGCCGUCUGUCUUUAAAAUUUAAGCUGAACUAAUCAAAAUUUCAGUACCAUAUACAUUUUUUCCUCCCAAUAUGGCCGGCAGCAUUAAAUAUAAACAUAGAUAGCCAUCUAUCCGUUUAAUGUGUAAAUUACAUGUAUACGUCAAUUCGACAUACGUCAGUUAAUCUGGUCUGACAUAUUUGUCAAUAAAGACUUGACAGGUUAGGUGACAAAUGAUAAAAUACAAUGGUCAAUGGUAUGCCUAUACUGAUGAUACCAAACAUACAAUAGAAAAGGGAUUCAGUCUACUAAACACCGGACUAUGUUAGUAACCCAAGGAUUGCUACUCCUGGUUCUGUCAGUAUCUGAAAUUUAUUGCCAGUUUAGGCCUGGAUUGACAAAUCCUUUUGGAACAUGGGGUGCAGGCCAAAGCAAUCAAAACCUACAAGGGCAACGUGUAGCGAAUAUCAUCAAUGCUCAACCUCUAGGAUUAAACGAACAGCAAGGACAACAACUAUUUAAUCAAGUGGCCCAACAAGUAUUACAAACAAUGGGGUCAACGUCACAGCUACAGAACUUUAAUUCUCCAGACGGAUUCAACCAACGAUUUGGUUCCUUUUCUCCAGAUCAGCUAUUGCCAACAAAUCCUAUUGGAUCGGCCGACGGUACUGUCCCAGGCAUACCUAAUACAGCUUUACCAAAUAAUUUACUCCAAACAAACAAUUUUAAUAAUGCUCAAACUUCAUUAGGGCUACAACAAGGCAGAUUUCCAUUCACUGGAGUAAAUGGAAGGUCACAGUCAGUUCAAGGUUUUGGACCAGGUGGACCACAAACACCUUUCAGUCCAGAUACAAUACCUGGUGGACCAGAGUCACCAUUUAGGUCACGCUUUGGUGUUGGUCAGUCACGUCUAAGUCCAGGUCAUGGUGUUUUACCGUUUGAUGGAAACCUCUCACCACCAAGACCAGAUGUUGGACGUGGUGAUUUACCAUUUUUGGCUACCGGAAGUUCAUUCCAACCUGGACCAAUGAGAGAUAACUUUCCCGGUGUCAUACCAGUUGAUUUGUUAAAUGUACCUAACAGUGGAUUUGACCCUAUUGAAAGAGAACUGAAAAUAAAUACCAGGCUAAACGCAAGGUUACAGGAUAUGCAUAUAAAAUAUGAUAAAUUACCAAUGGCAGGAGUUGGGAGAAAUCCCUUACAAGACAUUAAAAGGGAAAAUCGAAGACUACGAAAAUUAAUUCGAGAGAAGAAACGUAAUUCAAACUCUAAGUACCAGGUUAAGAAGAAACAACGAAAGGAGAAAAAGAAAGGCCUUGUAAAAGGUUUACUGUUAGGUGCAUUAGGCGCCUUUAUGUUAGGAUAAAUGAAUGGGAAAAUAUAACAGACCAUUAUCAGUAUGUCGGUGUAAGAAGACGAAGAAAUGAGAUCAUGGAAAUAUUUGAGCAUUGGGGAUGAACUUAAGGAAGAUAACAAACAUCCAGAUGAAACUUAGCAAAAAUAAAAUUUGAAUUCGGA